AUGAAGAAAUACAAUAUACUAAAAGCAGGAAGCAUUUCAGAAUAUUUCGGUACAACACUAGAAAGUACAAAAGAAACUUUUACUACAACUGCCAGUAGCCACAUUAUAUUUGAGAAACUUCCACUUCAUAAUCCUGAUCUAGUUGCCGUUUCUGCUGAAGAUCCAACUGUUCUUGCAAAUGUUGUUUGUGUUCAAACAACAGGUCAACCCUAUGAUAUAAUAGACACACACGGUAAUAUAACUGUUUUUAUAAUAGAUAGUUUACGCCUUAGUACAUACACUGAUAUUUAUGAAACCAGGAACUUUUAA